CGCAUCACACACACAGAUAUCCUCACCCCGGUUUUAAGUGAUUGUGCGCGCAAGAAGACUAGUCACGGGUUUAUCUUGAAAGACUCGUCUCUCCUACUAGUUAAUAUAUACAUCACAUUUCACAGUAAUAGACAGAACAUACAGACACAUAUUCUCUCUCUCAUAAACCCCAAAACCAACCAACACAACAAAAAAAAAACCAUUCUCCUCAAAAACCACAUCAUUUCUCUCUCAAACUUACCCAUCAAAACCCCCUUCAAAUCUCUACCUUCUAUCCUCAAACUCAUUAGAGCACCUUCUACUCUCUUCUUCUCUCUCUAGCUCUGUCUGUUUCUUUCUGAGUUUUUCUGUCUGUCUUUCUCACUCUGAAACCUUCCAUCUUCUUUUUCUUUUUCUUCUACUUCUACUGCUUCUUCUAAGUUUUCUACACAUACAGAAAUCACCUUUCUUUUGAACCUUCUCUUCUUCUUCUUUAUAUUUUCAAGAAAAAAUAUGGCUCUUAUGUUGGACAGUAACAAUAAUAACAACAUGAUGAAUAACUCGUCAUCAUGUGAAGGUGGAAGUAUAUUGUUAGCAUUAGACUCAAACAAGUCAGUACCAGCUCCAUUUCUUACUAAAACUUACCAGCUUGUUGAUGAUCCAAAUACUGAUCAUGUUGUUUCCUGGGGUGAAGAUGAUUCUACUUUUGUUGUUUGGCGUCCACCUGAAUUUGCUCGUGAUCUUCUUCCUAACUACUUCAAACACAACAACUUCUCAAGCUUUGUUAGGCAGCUGAAUACCUAUGGUUUUAGAAAGAUAGUACCAGACAGAUGGGAGUUUGCAAAUGAGUUCUUUAGAAAAGGGGAGAAACAUUUAUUAUGUGAGAUUCACAGAAGAAAAACUUCACAACCUCAACAAGUUUCUAUUAAUGGUGGUGGGUCUGGUUUCUAUAACCCAUUCACUAAUAGACUGAGUAUAUCUCCGUCUGAUGAUAAUUCAGAUGACCAAGUAAGUUGGUGUGACUCAGCUGAUCCCUUAUUAUUAUCAUCUCCUCAAAGUCAUUAUCAGUAUCAUGUUGCUGGAGGUGGAGGAGGAUUCAAUAUGAAUGGAGGUGGUUGUAAUGGCAACACGAGUUCGAUAAUGGCAUUAUCAGAAGAUAAUGAAAGACUAAGGAGAAGUAAUUCAAUGCUAGUAUCAGAGUUGGCUCAUAUGAAGAAACUCUACAAUGAUAUCAUCUAUUUUGUUCAGAACCAUGUGAAGCCUGCAGCUCAUCCUACUAGCAACACAUACUCGUCACAAUCUCCAUUUGUUAUCACUAAUAACAACACUAGUAACCCUACUUCAACAUCACUGGCUGUUCAAAAUAAACCUCAGAAUUACCAAAACCAAAACCUAGGGUUUAAUUCACAACAACCCAUACCACCAAAACAAUCUCAUUAUCAUCAUCAACAACAACAACAGCACCAUUUUAAGGUUCCAUUAAGCCCUAACGCCACUACAAACAACACAACAAGUAGUACUUCUCUACCUAUGCUUGAAGAACACAACAACAACAAUGGUAGUAGUAAAACAAAGCUGUUUGGUGUGUCACUAUACUCAUCAAAGAAGAGAUUACAUCCAGAACCUCCAUCAGAUAUGGAUAUUAACAAGUCAAGGUCAAUGCUGAGUAAGAAUGAUUUAGGCUUAAAUCUCAUGCCUUCUUCAUACUAGAAGAUGUUUGUUGUUCUCUACUAUUAAUUUUGCCUUAUUUCAUUUUGGUUCUUGUUAGAACUUAUUAGAAUAAUGUCUUUUAACUCUUUUAGUUCUUCUUAUUUAGCUAGUAGUCAUAGAGAAAAAAGUAGCUAGGUUUUUUGAAUGAUGAUGAUGCAUGUAUGGUUGUUUGUGUGCAUUGAUGUUAGUGUAUAUAUAUUCAAGUUAAAUUUGAUCUGAUCACCUUUUUUUUCUUC